AUGACCGGCGGACGCAGUGCCGAUAUCUCAACCGAGGAGGGCGGGGCCUUCUCGAUGUUCGGUGGCGACAUCGGUGGCCGCAACAUCGAACUGGUGCCCGGCGAGCGCGUCGUCCAGGCCUGGCGGUCCCAUGCGUGGCCAGAGGGGACCUAUUCGCUGGUUUGCUUCGCACUGAGCAAGAGCGGAGAUGGCACGCGCGUUGUGUUCGACCAGAGCGGCUACCCCGAGGACGCACACGAGAUGCUCGCCGGCGGAUGGCAGAUGAUGUAUUGGGGGCCGAUGAGCGAGAUGCUGGCGGGCAAGCCCUUGGGGCGCGGUUUCAUGUUUGUUCUCGAUUAUCUGCCCUAUGCCAUCGCGCUGGCCAUUGCUGCCGCCAUUCCCGGACCCGGCAUUGCCGCGGCGGUCGGCAAGGCGCUCGGAUCGGGCUUUCGUCCGGCGGUGUGGUUCGGCACCGGGCUGGUGUUGGGCGACCUCACCUAUCUCACGCUUGCCGUUCUGGGGCUGGCGGCGGUGGCCGCGGCCUUUUCGGGGAUAUUCGUUGUCGUCAAAGUGCUCGGUGCCGCCUAUCUCGCCUAUCUGGCGUGGAGCUUCUGGCGGGCCGGGAUCGAUCCGGAAAAGGUCCGGGCCGGCAAGGGCAGUGGUGCCAUGGCCUCGAUGCUGGGCGGCUAUUCGGUGACGCUGGGCAAUCCCAAGACCAUCAUAUUCUAUAUGGCGCUGUUACCCACGGUGGUCGAUCUGGACGCCAUUACGCCCGAGCGGUUUGCCGGGCUGGUCGUUACGACGAUCAUCGUGCUCUAUCUUGUCGUCGUGCCUUAUGUGGCGCUGGCCGCCAAGGCCCGCGACUUCCUGCGCAAUCCGCGGGCGCUCAAGGCCCUCAAUCGCGGCGCGGCGGGCGCCAUGGCAGGGGCGGCGGCCUAUAUCGUGCUCAAGCCUUAG